AAACACACACCCACACACACUUACAAGGCAUUGACCUCAUACACUGAUUAGGGCUCGCAGAAGUCGAUCCCCGGAGAACCACUACCAGCAUGAAUCUCAAGCUGUGCUUACUGCUUCUCGUUCUCUGUGCUUUCAUUAGUUCUGCAGAGUUCAAGAAAGAAAAUCGUGGGCAUAAACAUGAAGAGAAAGAACGCGGUAGACAUGGUGAAGCUGGGAGUCAUGGUAAACCUGGAAGAGGAAAAGGAAGAGUAAAAGUGGAACUAUAUGUGCUUCUCACAAUAGCUUUGACUGCAGAGUAUAAAACUUCUGACUCAGAUGAUGAUGAUGAUGAUGCAAAUGACUGGCUUUUUGAACUCCAAGAUAUGAGAGGAAAAUGCACCUCAAACCCAUGCCAGAAUGGCGGCACUUGUGAGCAAAAGAAAGACAAAUAUAAAUGCAAAUGUACAGAAAACUUCAGAGGCAGAAGAUGCGAGAGACGGAAAAGUAUUUGUUCAAGAGGAAUCUGUGGGGUAGGACUGUGCCUUCUGACAUUAUCACCUCCCUACUAUAAGUGCAAAUGUAUUCCACCUUUUGCACCACCAAACUGCAAAAUACCAUCUCCAUGUACUCCAAAUCCUUGUCAGAAUAAUGGCACAUGUGUUAAAGAUGAGGAGGAUUUUGACUGUGUCUGUGAAGGAGAUUUCAAAGGAAAAUACUGUCAAGUUGACUCAAAAGACUGCUAUACGGGGGAUGGUGAGUCAUACAGAGGCAAGGUUUCAGAGACAGAAAAUGGGGACGAGUGUCUCGACUGGAACUCAGAUUUUGUUCUGGAUAAAAGAUCUUUUCCUGUGACUGCAUUUGGGGCUAGUGAAAGCCUGGGACCCCAUAACUACUGCAGAAACCCUGAUGGAGAUCAGAAGCCAUGGUGCUUUAUUAAGAAAGACAAGAGACUCAGAUGGGAUUAUUGUGAUGUCAAAAAAUGUAGUAAGUCUAAAACAAAUACCACAGAUGUGCUCCCCACAACCAUUGCACCUCCCACCACAAUUCCAGCCCAGCUGCAUACUACACUAAAACAAUCUCCUAUCAGAACAACAGUGCCACCUAGAAGAGUUGUGCCAACCACCUCUAAGCCUCGCGUCACUCAGAGUGUAACUUCAUCCAAAGGAGUUGUUCGUCCUACUACACAUCGUCCAUCACCCACAACAUGGGGAAACGCUGCUCGUCCAUCACCCACAUCAUCUGGGAAUGCUGCUCGUCCACCACUAAUAUCAUCUGGAAACAUUCCUUCAACAGUCAAGGAUUUUCCUACCUGUGGUAAACCAGAACCAAAGAAGCAAAUGAAUCGAAUUUAUGGAGGCCUUAAAGCUAUUCCUGGUGCCCAUCCUUGGCAAGUGUCAGUGCAGGCCAAAGCUAAGGCAUCCAUCUCCUUCUUUAGACACAUCUGUGGAGGUACUCUCAUCAAACCAUGCUGGGUACUGACAGCGGCCCACUGCAUUGACCAUAAGUUUGAAUACAGUGUUUUGGCGGGAGGACUCAAUCUGGGACUAAAUGAUCCACCACAUCAGAGUUUGCAAGUGGAGAAAGUUAUUGUCCAUGAGCAAUACAGGGCUGCCCCAAGCGUUGUCUACAAUGAUAUCGCACUGUUAAAGCUGAAAGAAACUAAAGGGCAAUGUGCUAAGGAAAGUCAGAUGGUGAAGACUGCCUGCCUGCCCACAGAACCUUUUGCAGAUGGAUCAGAAUGCAGCAUCUCUGGAUGGGGAGCCACAGAGACGUCGGAUCAUGGCUCCGCCCAUUUGCUUGAUGCACAGGUUUUAUUGAUCUCUCAGGAGGCUUGCUCCUCCAACAAACUCUACGAAGCUGUGAUGGAUGAUGGCAUGUUUUGUGCUGGCUAUCUCAAGGGGGGAGUAGACUCCUGUCAGGGUGACUCCGGUGGACCUCUAACUUGUGAGAGGAAUCAAACACAUUAUAUAUAUGGCGUAGUAAGCUGGGGGGACAGCUGUGGAGAGGAGGGCAAGCCUGGGGUCUAUACCAAAGUCAUUAAAUAUGUGGACUGGAUUAAUAAAAAAAUCGCUGGAAACUAGCAUUUCUAAAAACAGUUAACUGAUGCAAUAAUUUGUUCUUAUGUACACUGAUAUACCUGACAUGCUUUGAGCAUACAGAGCACACAUUUUAUUGGAUCAUUUAAGAUUCUUCAUAUGAUUCUUAUGAAUUAAUAAAACCUGUGUGUGAUUAUG